UAACACCAAGUAUAUUAAAAUUAACUGAAAGAAGAGAUAAAGAAUGGUUGUUAUCAUCGAGGUUCAAUAACAAAAUGAAUACUUCUAAUGGGGAUGAUAAUAAAUAUGCAAUUAAAACACUGGAUGAAGACUCGCCAUUACCAAGUCAACAAACAUUGAGUAGUAAAACUGAGUUAAGCCAUUUAUUGUAUAAUAAAUAUGUUUACGUACGUGAAGAUUUUCGCAAUAGAAAAUCAAAUGAUCUUCCCUCGAAUGAAGAUAAUUUAUGGAAAGAUCAAUCGGACAGUAGUGAAUCUAUCGGUGAAGUAAUAAGCCUGCAAAACAAAACACAUCCAACAUCUUCAACUGUCCAUUUUCAUUUAAGACCAACUGAUGAAGAUAAAAAUGGUGAAUUAUCACGGAGUACCUCUAUGCCAAUAUUUGAAAAGCAAACGUUUAUAACUACAUCCAAAGAAACCUCAUUUAAGGCGAAUACUUCUCGUGGUACAUUUAAGAAAAGAACAGAUGAAUAUUUGGAAACAGUAAAUGUACCACUUAAAUUAUCUGCUGUUGACAUGGUCUCUGAACAUACGAAUAAACAUUCUUCGAAAUUAAUGGUUACUAAAAAUUCAUUUAUUUUACAUCAACGUCAUAAAUAUUCUGAAUCUGUACCACAAGAUCUGAAUGAGUCUGAUGAAGCCAUUGAAAUGAAUGAUAAUAAAGACAAUUUAGUUACCACACCUUUCACCGAAACAAGUUUAGUAUCAUUUUUAAUUGUGCCAAACAAAGAUGACGAUUUAGCAAAGUCCAAAUUGUCACUAGUACGUGACUCUGUUGAAUUGAUCAGACAGAAAAGUGCUGUUAAAUCAAAAACUGAAAACCCUGAUAUACCAUCUCCAACACCAAAAAACAAACCAAAGCCAACCACGUCAGCAAGUUCAAUAUUAUUUAAUUUACUUCCAAUUGAUGAAGUGAGAUCGUAUAAAUCAACAAACCUUGUUGAAUUGGAACCAAGAAAUACAACAUCAAAAAGAAGGCGAAAAUCGAAUGACAAUGGAGAUACUCCUAUUGCAACAAUGCCAUCAAAAUUAUCAUUAGCAACCGAUUCUCUCGAAUUAAUGAAACGUAAAAGUUCUGCAAAAUUACCAAAAAGUGGGACAAAGAUCAAACCAAAGACAACAAAAGACGAUAAUAAAAGUUUAGUAUUGAUGACUCAGAAUCUUGCUAGUGUUGAUGAGCAAUCAGUUGAAAAUUCUUCAACUAGUUCUGAUCCUACCAAUACUAACAAAUACGAAGAUAUGAUGAAUUUGUCUGAUGCAAAUAAAAUAAAAACUAAAAAAUACAAAACAUCACGUGUGGCGAUUAUUGAAGAUCCUGUGAAUGUUAUACAUCCGGAUUCAAUGUCAAAUUCAGGAGCAACCAAACAUUUGGCUGAUUUUAAUGCAAUGAAUCCAUUCUCAUUAAAUCAUUUAGAUGUUAUUGAUAAACAAGAUGUUAACGAACCGAAUAAAUAUUAUUAUCCAUUACGAUUACAGCAAAAACAACAACAAGAACUUCAUCAAUCUACAUCAAAUAAUUCGAAUCGAUUAACCAGGAAAAAUAAGACUAAAAAUAAUUCUAAAAAAAGUAGCAGUAAUAUUGUUACUGGUAUUACUGUAGAUAAUACUAAUUUAACACCACAAGAAUUUAUUGAAACAAGAAAUGAAUCUUUGAAAAAAUUUCAAUAAAUCACUUUUACCAUCGAUGAUGACGCAUCUAUUUUCAAGAUAAAUUGGACAGUCGAAAAUUCUCAAGUCCAGUUAGCUCUGUAAUUAAUGCUUCACUGGUCGUUCUUACAAUUCACCAAUAAGAUUGUGUUAUAAUUUUACAAAAAAAGUAUAGUAUUCAUAAAUAUA